UUGGAUAUAAUUAUUAUGCUAUGGAAAAUGUGUUCUGUCGUCCACAAAAGUUUUUAUUCUACUCUGGAUAUGUUAUGCCAGUGGCUGUCCUUUACCUAACAACCUUAAUCAGCUAUUGUGUGUCGUUCUUCCUUAUUUAUUGCUUCGAAAUGACCUCAGCAGAGAAGCAAUUCCGUAAAGACUCGGUCAUAUCUCAUUACUACGCUGGGUUGAUCCUCUUUAUUAUAUUUGGUGUUGUAUGGGUAUUUGCCAUCACUGGUACUCAGUACAACAUCACUGGUCCCGGAUCAACUGCCCUUCAGUAUGUAUUUGGCUCCUUCUCCAUGAUUCAUGCUCUGUUACUCGUUAUACUGACGUUUGCUCGUACUUCUGAUACUCGCUUAGCUUUUAGACCCAUUGCUAGAAUGAUCCCAGGACGAACUGGAAAGUAUGAGUUUGCUGCCGAUACAAGGGGAGCUCAGGAAACAUAUGGACUGGAUAUUUCAGGAAAAUAUUUGACUGACGAGACUAAAAUGGCUAGGGCUGACGAGAAGGAGCCACUUGCUGUUAGUAAUAUUGAUGAAGAUGAUGAGCCUCGUUAUGUCACAUCAACAUCAGUUACUGUAGUUGUCAAUGAAGAUGCCCUUGAAGGCGAUGAAAAGACAGAGCUCUAAUUUUAACUCAUAAGUGUUUUAAUCAAUAGUUUGUCUUCUCCCCCCCUCCCAUUUCUUAAUUAAGUAUUAUUAUUUUUUUGUCUCCAGUAACUCUUUCGUAUUCAUUUCAUUCAAUGCAAUCCCUCAUUAUUUAAUUUGAUAGAUAUGUGAACUGCAAA